UUCUCCGCAUAAGCCAGAAAUCUUUGUCUCUUCACGAGAGUAUGGGCUCAAAAUUGGUGUUCACACUUUGUCUGUUUUUUAUAGCAUCAGCUGUCACCGCUGCUGCCGAUUACGUCAGAUCUCGGCCGCGUAAAAAGCUUGAAUUUCCAUGGAGCUCAAAGCCUGCUUCUUUUCCCCAGCAGAAUUUUCAGGUUCACAUUUCUUUGGCAGGCAACAACCACAUGCGAAUCUCAUGGAUCACUGACGAUAAAUCUGCUCCUUCUGUUAUCAAAUACGGAACAUCACUGGGGAGAUACGGUUCUACAGCUCAGGGAGAGAGCACAUCUUAUAGCUAUCUAUUUUAUGACUCAGGAAAGAUACACCAUACUGUCAUCGGACCUCUUGAACCCGACACCAUUUACUUUUAUCAGUGUGGUAAUCAAGGUCCUGAGUUCCAGCUCAAGACUCCUCCUGCUAAAUUCCCAGUUACUUUUGCUGUGGUGGGGGAUUUGGGUCAAACUGGCUGGACUAAAUCAACACUAGACCACAUUAGGCUAUGUGAAUAUGAUGUACAUUUGCUUCCAGGGGACCUUUCAUAUGCUGAUUAUGUGCAGCCCAGGUGGGACACAUUUGGUGAGCUUGUGCAGCCGCUUGCAAGUGCAAGGCCAUGGAUGGUGACAGAAGGGAACCAUGAAAAAGAGAGAAUACUGCUAUUUAAUGAUGGAUUUGAGUCCUACAAUGCCAGGUGGAAGAUGCCUUUUAAAGAGAGUGGGUCAAGCUCCAAUCUUUUUUACUCUUUUGAAGUUGCAGGGACUCAUGUUAUUAUGCUUGGUUCAUAUACAGACUAUGAUAUCUUCUCUGAUCAAUAUAACUGGUUGAAGGAUGAUCUUUCAAAGGUUGAUCGGGACAAAACACCAUGGCUGCUUGUUCUAUUCCAUGCACCAUGGUAUAACAGUAAUGAGGCACAUCAAGGUGAAGGGGACAAGAUGAUGAUGGUCAUGGAGCCGUUGCUUCAUGCUGCUAGCGUCGAUAUAGUGUUGGCUGGUCAUGUGCAUGCUUAUGAAAGAUCGAAGCGUGUUCACAAACGAAAACCAGAUCCUUGUGGUGCUGUCCACAUAACCAUCGGAGAUGGAGGAAAUGAAGAAGGUCUAGCACGCAAGUACAAAAAUCCACAGCCUGAGUGGUCGGUCUUUCGUGAAGCAAGCUUUGGACAUGGGGAACUCAGGAUUGUGAAUUCAACUCACGCAAUCUGGAGCUGGCACCGCAACGAGGAUGAUGAGCCAGUGAAGACUGAUGAAGUCUGGAUAACCUCUUUGGCCAGCUCAGGAUGUAUUUCUGAGAAGAGUGAUGAACUAAGAAGAAUACUCAGGGCAUCUUAGACUUGUGAAAACUGUGGCCCUUACAGCCAUGUGCCUCAACAGAGUUAUGCUAAAAUUCUGUGUAUAUAGAGCAAUCUGUAGUUGUGUGGAUGAAGAAGUUACUGCUUGAAUCGGGAUAUACCCUCUUCUCCAAUCUGUGAGAUGAUGAAUCUACUUUGAUGUUUUGGGCUUCUAUGUUUAUUUUUACAGAUAACACCUUAAUUGUAGUGAGAAAAGGCAAGGCUUGCUUGUA